GAAAUGGCGAAAAAGAUGGUUCGUCUGGCUUUGAGCUGUGAGCUUGCACGGAAACCAAUUAGGAGGCAAGAAGUCGGCGAGAAGGUCUUAGGUGCAAAUAAUAGAAUGUUCAAGAAAGUGUUCGAUCAAGCACAAAUGCAUCUGAAUGCGGUCUUUGGAAUGGAAAUGGUCGAGCUACCAUCUCGUGAACGGCUUACGGUGCAGCAACGGCGAGCCGCUCAGAAGAAAGAAUCUCAAACCACCAAGAACGGCAUAACCUCUUGGAUUUUGAGGUCGAUACUGCCCUCAGAGUUUCACAAUCCAAUCAUACUCCAUCCAUCCUUUGCGCCGACUCCGAAAGAUGAAGCCCAGUACACCGGGAUCUAUACCGUUCUGGUCUCAGCUAUAAUGAUGGCUGGUGGACAAUUAAACAAUGACAAAAUGGAACGUUACCUACAACGGCUGAAAAUCGACGAUCAAACACCGGUUGUUGAUUAUGAGAAGAAUGAGAGACUGAUGAAACGCAUGGAGAAGGACGGCUACAUCGCAAGGGUUAAGGAGAGCUCUGGUACCGGAGAAGACGAUAUCUACUGGGUCGUAGGUUCGAGGGGCAAGAUCGAAGUAGGUCAAGACGGGGUCAGAGGAAUCACAACAACUGUGUACGCUCCCAAGACAGAUGCGGAGGAAGAAGAGCUUGAAAGGAAAGUCAACAGGUCCCUUGGCAUUACUCAG